AUGACAGAGACACCUCCAAACACUGAAACCAUUGAUUCAAAUAUGCUUUCCAAUCUUGAGACUAACCCUCACAAUCCUGCUAGUCCCAAUUACAUCCAGCCUGGUGAAGGAGCUUCUUUCCCACUGGUUCUAGAUUUACUCACCACUGAAAACUAUGUGACUUGGGCAAGAGUCAUGCGUCGAGCUCUUAAUAUAAAAAACAAACUCGGAUUUAUUGAUAGCAUAAUUCUCAAACCUUCCAAUUCUGCAGAUCCUUUGUAUGCUCCUUGGGAACGCUGUAAUGAUAUGGUGAUUGCUUGGAUACAACACUUAGUUAGCCUUGAACAUCGAUCGGGUAUUGUGCGUGUAGAAACUGCUGCUAGUGUGUGGAAUGAUCUUUGUGAACGAUUCUCAAUUCAAAAUGCUCCAAGAAUAUUUCACCAAAUCUUGAAAUUCUCAAUUCAUCUCACCAAAUCUAUCUCCUCACUCACACAAGAUGAUGAUUCGAUAAGUCAGUAUUAUAAUAAAAGUAAGAGUUUUUGGGAUGAACUUGAAAUAUAUGAGCCUAUGCCAUCAUGUACGUGUGGAGCAGUGAAGACAUUAACGGAUUAUACUCAUAGACGCAAGGUCAUGCAGUUCCUCAUGGGACUAAAUGAUUCUUAUGAUUCAAUGCGAGCUCAGAUUCUACUUAAUGAUCCCCUCCCUACUUUAAAUUGUGUUCUAUCUCUUGUUCAACAAGAGGAGAGGCACAGACAACUCCACUCCUCACCAGCACCUAUUGGAAUGGGGACCUGA